AUGGCUUUCUACAGGAAGGAACAAGCAUUGUUUCGCACUUCCAAUAAUUCCUUUACGGAAACUGCAAUUGCAAGAUCAUUCGAUAUGAUCCACGUCGACGAGACAGAUCCUGUUGGUGAGAUAGAGCCGCCGUUUCCGUAUAGAGAUGUCACUAUCAAAAGGAGCACAGAUGUUAAUGACUUCUUCGACAUGCUAUCGGAGAUCGGCCGAGGCAAAUUCGGCACAGUAUAUCUUUGCCGUGAAAAAAGCACCGGAUUGGAGUUAGCAGCUAAACUUGUCUCCGUUAACAGAAGAGAUGAGAGGAGGAAUGUGGAACGUGAAGUAGAGGUGAUGAGACGGCUUCGACACCCGAGGCUUAUCCAGCUCUACGAUGCAUACGAUUGGGGAAAAUAUAUGUGCGUCGUAUUAGAACUGAUCACUGGCGGAGAGUUGUUUGAACGUGUUAUUGAUGAAGAUUUUGUUCUAACGGAACGAGCUUGCACAGUUUUCAUGCGGCAGAUAUGUGAAGGAAUUGAGUUCGUGCAUAGACAGAAUAUCCUACAUCUUGAUAUGAAGCCAGAAAACAUCCUGUGCCUAACCAAAGCUGGAAAUCGGAUUAAAAUAAUCGAUUUUGGCCUGGCACGUUUUUAUGAUCCUGAAAAGAAGUUGCAAGUUUUGUUUGGCACUCCAGAGUUUGUUGCACCAGAAGUCGUUAACUUCGACCAGAUUGGUUAUGGUACUGACAUGUGGUCUGUAGGAGUUAUUUGUUACGUUCUCUUAUCGGGUUUAUCGCCGUUUAUGGGUGAGACAGAUAUAGAAACGAUGGCUAACGUGACGAUUGCUAAGUACGACUUCGAUGAUGAGGCGUUCAACGAGAUCUCUGAAGAUGCUAAGGACUUCAUCAGGAAGCUUCUCGUGAAGGACAAAGAGUCACGCCCGGGCGCUACGGAGUGUUUACGGCACCAAUGGCUCAUCAAAAGAAAACCCAUAAAGCAAGAAAAGCCACGACAACCACCAAUAUCACCGAAACAUGAAUUAGACGUCGCAAAAGACAACCUACGGCUAUUCGUCGAAAGAUGGAGCGAACAUCCCAAUUCUCCAUACGUGUUCGACAUUGAAGCUCAAGAAAUACUUUGCCUUGCAAAUGGUAACGGUGAACGUUCUUCCAUUGGUGGUUGCUCACCUUCACCAAGAAGUUCUUUAAGUAGCUCUCCCGAUAUGGUGUUUGAUGAAGAUGAUUUAGAACCGCCGCCUUUAAGAGAUCCUACUUACUCUACAAGGUAUAAUCCAGUUGAAAGAAGAGCAUCAGACAGUAGUUGCUUUAUGCACAAAAAGCAAGAUAUUUUUGUGAGAAAAAAUUUAGCUGAAGAAAUAAAGAAAUUAUCAGAUCAUCUUUUUAUGCUGUCAACCAUGAAUACUGAUUUAACCAAUAAUAACAAUAGUAUGAAAGAAGUUGAUAAGAAUGUUUCAGAAUUUAAAACGUUUACUAAAGAAGAGAAAAGUCUUCCGAAUGGUUUUAAAUCUGAAACCAUCACAACUACCACAAAAACUAUGACUAAUGGUAAUGUAACCAGCAACGAGAAAAAAGUAUUUACCUCCAAGUCUACUCAUAAAUUAAGUUCAACGUUUCUUACCGAGAAAGAACCGCAAAAACCCAUGACAAGUAAAAUGCCUUGGGUAAAGUCAACGCGGUCAAAAAGAGUGACGACUACAAGCCGAGAUGUACCAGAUCAACCUUUAGAAAGACGUAAUACAUUUUUCGAAGAAUUUGACAGGAGGCGUGAUAAGAUAGACAAAUUAGUUAAUGGCUUCGACAACGACAAGCACUUACCUUACAGACGAGAAGACAAUGCGCAUAGAACAAAAGACUUACUUCUGCAUCUCUUAGAAAAAUGGGGUGAGAACGAAGAUAGAGAAGGAGAAAGAACCGCUGGAGGAACAUCGAAUAAUGGUAGGCAUCAGUCAAUAUCCCUAGAAUGGUCACAAUCAAACCAACUAGCACAAAAUUCUAUGUCCAGUCUUCAUGCUUUCUUUAAAAGACAGUCCUCCGACGAAAAAGUGCAAAAGAAGACAACGAACAUUUCAAGUUCUAAGGAUCGAUUGACAGCUUCAGCAACCUUAACCCACCCUUGGUUGAUUCAAUCAGCAUUAUGCACAGAAUUGCACGUUACAAAAGCCAAGUUGAAGAGAUACGUGAUAAAAAAGAGAUGGGCAAAAGCAGUGGCAGCUGUCAUCGCGCUACGACGAAUGGGUGCCAAAUUUGAAGACGUUCACGAUGAGAAGAAUGAAAAG